AUGCUGGGAUAUCAACGACAUACCCUCUCCACCAUCGUAGCUCCAGGAGGAACCCAUGAGGUCACCGCCAUCGCCGUCAUUCCCAUCUGCCAGGACGUCUUGAUCCGAAGCAUCAUGUGCCGGUGCUUGCAUUACGGAGUGGUGGUUGCCGCCUCCAGAGGGCAUAUGGUCGACGAGAUCAACACCGUCAAUGAUGGAUUCACGCUCAGGGCCCGACGACGCCUUGAUGCGGGAGAGCAGGGACUCCAAGGCAGCUAUGCGGCCCUCGAGCGCAGAGACAUACUCGUGCGAGAUGGGAGCUCGUUUCCAGUCUUCGGCACGGAACUCGCAUUUGACGCCAGCGACGGAGCAGCUACGGCAAGGCGUCGUUCGAGUGCAUUUGAUCUGACCCGGAAGAGAUAA